AAUUUUCUGAAUUGGUCUUCAAUACAAUUUAAUUUAAUACAAUUCCUUCACAUAGAAGAAAUGUUUUGUCUUGCAAGAUUAAUUCAUGCCGCCAUGCAACGCUGUGUAUUUAACUAUGUGCGAGUAAGAUCCGGUAUUCAUGUGUGCACUACCUCAAGCUUCAUUGCCGAGCUUUGGGGUUGCCGAGACGGUUUACGCUUAACUCUUUCGCUAGGAAUUCAUCAGUUGGUUUUGGAAAUGGAUUCCUUGCUUGCAGUUCAGAUGAUUCAAGGCAGGAAAAUGACAGAUGGAUUUGCUUCAGUCUUGUUCUCGGAUAUCUUUUCAAUGCUUAAUUCCUUUGAUUCUUGCGUUGUGCAACAUACACUUCAAGAGGGCAAUUUUGCAGCGGACUUCAUGCCUUGGUUGGGACAACGUUUAUCGCAUGGUACAAUUUUCUAUCAGACUCCACCAUCGGGCAUAGAAUUUAUUCUCCAAGGAGACAUUGUGGGGACCAUGUUCUGUAGGAGUUAGUGCUAUUUUAGUUUCCUGUGCAUCAAAAAAAAAAAAAUCUUAAACUUUCAAUUAAAAGCAAUUUUAAAAA